CGCCUGAGGUGCCCCCUCUGCCCCCUGCGCUUCGGUGGGCAGGGCCGCAAGGGGAGCGCCUGGGUCCCCAGGGGCGGCUGCAGCAAGGGCUGGGGUCAAAGCUGGACAGCUUCGGGCUGUCAGAGAGAGAGAAGGGCCCUGGAUCGAGGCCAGGGAAGGACAAGGACGUCGGACACUGUCCCCUGGGACCUCAAGCAGGGCCUUGGCAAGGACAAGAGGGAGACCACUCAGCUGAGCUUUCUAGCUCUGAGAUAGAAAAUGUCCGUGGACUGCAGAGGGAGAGUCCUGGCUACCCAGGACCCAGAGGGAGCCCAAGAGGUGCCAGGUCACCAGCAUCCUAGUGGCGAGAAGCUUUCCGGGUCAGAGAAGACGGUGCCUUUGGGAGCAGCCCGGGAGUCACCUCUUAUCAAGAUGGAAGCUGAAGGGCAACACCCUCGGCCGGUGUCGUCGCCAGAAGAGACUCUGCGCACUCGGGGGUGGGACCCCCUGAGCCAUGGUCCCAAGGAGAAGGCUCUUCUGCCAGGCGGAGCCCACCCUUCCUUGAAGGCCCCAGCCAUUUCCUGGGAGGGGAGAACCCGAGACCGCCAGAUGGCUGCAGCGCUCCUCACCGCCUGGUCCCAGAUGCCAGUGACCUUUGAGGAUGUGGCUUUGUACCUCUCCCGGGAGGAGUGGGGCCACAUGGACCACGCGCAACAGAGCUUCAACAGGGAAGUCCUGCAGAAGAGGAAUGAGCUGACCUUGGGCUUUCCCAUCAGCAGGCCUCUGUGGGCCUCCCAAGGGCAGGGGAAGGGCGAGGCCUCCAUCGAGGGACUGCAGAGAGGAGAUGAGGAGGAGAAGACACCUGAGUGUACAGAAGUCGUGGAGGUGGGCACAGAGGCCUCUGCCCCAGCCACCCUUGGGGACAUGAAGCCCUUCAGAACCCUGGCGCACAGAGCCCCAGAGGAUGCCCUGCAGUCUGGGCAGGUGGCAGGCGGCAGCCUGGGCUCAGGACAGGCUGAGGCCGAGGGGCCACCCGGGCCUCAGGAACAGAGACAGCCACAGACAGCCUCGCUGGCCUGCCGGGCUCCAGAGACCCAGCCGGGCGGCUCCCGGGAGCGGCUCAGCCAGAAGGAGGGCGGGCCUGCCACUGGCGCCCAGAGCAGCGCAGAGGGCCUGGCUGCGGAGGGCGAUGGCAGCAAGAAGACCUACCGGUGCGAGCAGUGCGGCAAAGCCUUCAGCUGGCAUUCGCACCUGGUGACGCACAGGCGCACGCACACGGGCGAGAAGCCCUACGCCUGCACGGACUGCGGCAAGCGCUUCGGCCGCAGCUCGCACCUCAUCCAGCACCAGAUCAUCCACACGGGCGAGAAGCCCUACACGUGCCCGGCCUGCUGGAAGAGUUUCAGCCACCACUCGACGCUCAUCCAGCACCAGCGCAUCCACACCGGCGAGAAGCCCUACGUGUGCGACCGCUGCGCCAAGCGCUUCACGCGCCGCUCGGACCUGGUCACCCACCAGGGCACCCACACGGGCGCCAAGCCCCACAAGUGCCCGGUCUGCAGCAAGUGCUUCACGCAGAGCUCGGCCCUGGUCACCCACCAGCGCACCCACACGGGCGUCAAGCCCUACCCCUGCCCCGAGUGCGGCAAGUGCUUCAGCCAGCGCUCUAACCUCAUCGCCCACAACCGCACCCACACGGGCGAGAAACCCUACCACUGCCUGGACUGCGGCAAGAGCUUCAGCCACAGCUCCCACCUGACUGCCCACCAGCGCACCCACCGCGGUGUCAGGCCCUACGCCUGCCCGCUGUGUGGCAAGAGCUUCAGCCGCCGCUCCAACCUGCACCGGCACGAGAAGAUCCACACCUCGGGGACCAAGGCUCUGGCCAUGCUGAUGCUGGGGGCGGCGGCGGCGGGGGCCCUGGCGGCACCCCCACCCGGCGAGACGGAACCCAAGAAGGUGGAAACAGGCGUCCCGGGACCAAGCUCGAGGGCCUUCUCGGCCCUUGACCCGCUCCUAGGAGCAGACCCGGAACGUGGCGGAAGGAAGGGCCACCUAGCGCGUCCCUUCCGGCGAAGCAGCCACUCCUUGUGGCUGGAGCAGCAGUGUCUGCCCACCGUGCGAGGCUUUGACUUCCUCUGCGAGCCCCGCAAAGGAAAGAGGAGACGCAAGAUGCCGGUGACCUUUGAGGAUGUGGCUUUGUAUCUCUCCCAGGAGGAGUGGGGCCGCCUGGACCACGAGCAGCGGCGCAUGUACAGAGACGCCCUGCAGAAGAGGAGCAGGCGUGGUUUUAGUAACCACUGGCUGGUGGCUGCAGCCUUGGGCAGUGUCAAUGGGCAGCGAUUCCCCAGGGCUGACUUCUGUGUUCCCACUGUCCUUCUGGAAGCUCCACUGCAGUGGAACAAUGCAGCUGUCUUGAGGAAGCCCUACGGUUGCUCCGAGUGCGGCAAGUGCUUCAGCCACAGCUCCCACCUCACCACCCACCAGCGCACCCACCGCGGCAUCCGGCCCUACUCCUGCCUGCUCUGCGGCAAGAGCUUCACCCGUAACUCCACGCUCAUCCAGCACGAGCGCAUCCACACCGGCGAGAAGCCCUAUGUGUGCGACCACUGCGCCAAGCGCUUCACGCGCCGCUCGGACCUGGUGGCCCACCAGAGCGUCCACACGGGCAUCAAGCCCUACAAGUGCCACUUCUGCAGCAAGUGCUUCACGCAGAGCUCGGCCCUGGUCACCCACCAGCGCAUCCACACGGGCAUCAUGCCCUACCCCUGCCCCGAGUGCGGCAAGGGCUUCAGCCAUCGCUCCAUCCUCAUCGCCCACAACCGGAUCCACACCGGCGAGAAGCCCUUCCAUUGCCUGGACUGCGGCAAGAACUUCAACCACAGCUCCCACCUGACCGCCCACCAGCGCACCCACCGCGGCGUCCGGCCCUACGCCUGCCCCCAGUGUGGCAAGAGCUUCAGCCGCCGCUCCAACCUGCAGCGGCAUGAGAAGACCCACACCACGGGGUCCAAGACCCCGCCUGUACCAGUGCUGGAGUCAGCAGAGGGGUCCCUGGUGGCCCCCACAUCCCCGCUGGCUAAGGAGGCUGGGAGACAGAGCCAGAGCAUCAAAGAGGAGCAAAGGCCGCCCCAGAAUCGAGGAAGGCGUGGGAAGGGAGUCAGGGAGGCUGCUGGCAUGGGGCCAAGCCUGAAAACAAAGGAGGAGUCGGCCCUAGAGGAGCCCUCCCCAAGCUGCAAAUGAAAGGCCUUAGAAUUAAGUGUUGGCCCUGCAGCUCUGUCUCAGGCCUCUGCCGGGAGCCAGGAGGCAUCGGAGGUACCUGGCUGACUGUGGAUCCUCACUCAGGUCCCCCUUGGUCAUUGCUUUUAGGGUGCCACUCUCCCAUCCGAGCCUGGGCCCCUCUACAAAGCCCUUUGCAGAGUGGGGAUUGAGCCGGUUGGCAGAAAUACCAGUGCACACAGGCUUCCAGGCUUGAAGGACUCCAGACUCCAGCCCUGCCAGGGCAGGAAUGGCUGAUCCUGGUUUAGCCAUCUGGGCUUCUGCUCUCUGCAUCCUGGGAACAUUGCUUUCAGCACCCAUGCCUCUCUCAGUCUCCUGCCCUCGAGACCUAGCUGGGAAGCUCAUGCUUCACCUGACACCCCCACCCCUCCUCUCCACUUGCCUUGCUCUGGGCAUUCUCCAUUGUGUGAGUGGGCACUGAGUGGGCACAGUGAGCCCGCCACAUCCUGCGAGGAGCCUCCAUUUCCCAAGGACCCUGUCUCAUCCUGGAUUGGUGGGAGCUUCCUCCACCUUCUUGCCUCCCUGGCCUUGUCACACGUCUUGUGUCACUCUACCCCUCCUUCUCCUCUCUGGCUCCAUCACUCCCCAGUCUUCCCCCUGGGUUUCCACCGCUGCAGCUUCUGUUUCCUGUUCUCUGUCUUCCUUCUUGGGGAGGGAUGGGCUCAGCUGCUGCUUCUCCCAGGUGCUUGGCUCUGCCCCAAGGCAGGUUUCAGCUCGGACAUCAACUGACGUGGACACCGUCUGCACCUGGGAAACUACUGUGGCUCCACCUGUCCCCAUGGGUCACAGGGCCAGCAGGGGAAGUGUGGUGAGUCAGACAACACAAGCUUUCAUGAGAAGUUCAAGUCACAGGGUAAUGUGAUGUGGUUCGGCUCUCAGUCUGCA